GCGGGUUUGAUGGCCUCUACAAGUGACCUUGACAGACAGAUACAGCAGUUGAGAGAAUGCAAAUUAAUUACCGAAAACGAAGUUAAGGCUCUUUGUGCAAAGGCGAGGGAAAUCCUUAUUGAAGAAAGCAAUGUCCAGUGUGUGGAUUCGCCAGUUACAGUUUGCGGCGACAUCCACGGGCAGUUUUUUGAUCUCCUCAAGCUCUUUGAAGUCGGUGGUGAUGUCCCAGAUACAAAUUAUCUGUUCUUGGGGGAUUUUGUGGACCGUGGCUACUAUAGUAUCGAGACUUUUCUCCUACUUCUGGCUCUCAAGGUCAGGUAUCCGGACAGGAUUACUCUUAUAAGAGGAAACCACGAAAGCCGACAGAUCACAACAGUUUACGGAUUUUACGACGAGUGCCUUCGAAAAUAUGGAUCACCAUUAGUCUGGCGUCAAUGUACAGAAAUAUUUGAUUACCUCUGUCUUUCCGCAAUAAUCGAGGAUAAGAUAUUUUGUGUACACGGUGGCCUCUCCCCCCACAUUGAAACGCUCGACCAAAUUCGGACAAUCGAUCGUAAGCAAGAGGUACCUCAUGAAGGUCCAAUGUGUGAUCUCCUCUGGUCCGAUCCCGAAGAUACCAACGGCUGGGGCGUCAGUCCCCGUGGGGCUGGAUUCCUAUUCGGCGCAGAUACUGUCGCAAACUUUAAUCGGGUACGUUUGUGUCUUACUUUAUGA